CGACUGCGACUGCACUACAGCGACGAAGGCGUGCGCCACCGCUUCUGCACGAAUGCUCAGCGGCUCCUGGUCGCCGCACUGGACGACGCCAGCUCCCCCUCCAAGAACGCACAGCUGGCGCGCAAGGCGCUGUGCUACCGGAACAUCCUGAGCCGCUUGGACGGACUGGACCCUCGAGACUUGAGCUUCGACGUGUCGUCAUUCUUCGGCGUGGAGUGG